CGCGGGCGCGAAAGUUAGAGGAAACAAGGAAGCUUGAAAAUAGAUGACAUAAAUGUGGGCAAUAUCUUCCAUCCGCCAGUCGUUUGGACAUAUUUUUAAGCGAUUACGCAUUCGCUGGAUUUAUCGUCUGCUUGUCUAGGAUCUGCUGGAUUUAUUUUCUUUAAAAAGUCAAUGGCGCACAAUCUUCUUCUUCUGUCAGACUGGUUGAUAUGCCUCGUGAACCACACGAUGUUCCUGACAACUGCGUAGCACAGCCGACUUGGCUAGUAUAAGUCAUCGAUGUACACACUUUUCUAAUCUUUGCAAGGAUAGCCAAAUCGAAGAGUUCUUCGUCUUUGGUUUCAGUUUUGUAUGCCAUGGCUUUCGUACGUGAGGCAUGUGUUUUGUUGAUGAGCGUGAUAUUCAUUAGAUCAGCUGGUGAGUAUGAACUUGCUAUGAUGUUCUUAAUUUGAAUUUUGAUUUUUAUAUGUGUCGUCGGCAAAUACUAAUAAUCAAAUGAGAUGUGUUUGCUACAUUUUAUUCGUAAGUGGGACACGUCUUUUAUUUACGAAAAACUAACCAGAAUGAACAGUAUGAGUUAAGAUUCAGAAAACCCCCAAUUUAAUUAGACCUGUUUAUUAUUCAUAGAGUUCGCUGUUUGUUUAUAACAAGGAACGAGAGGUUUACUUGAGCUUAAAUAUGGCAUGCAUACGUUUUUUGUGGUAUUAUGCCGGUUUUUGCUCUUUGGUUUAUGGUUUCCCCGUAAUUUACACACGGUUAAGUACAUCAUUAUUCAAAAAUGCGAUUUACAGGCAGUGUCCUGAUUAUUGAAAUUUCUUGAUAGAUUUUCUUUUUCUGAAUUUAAAAACAGUCGAGUUGGGUAGUAACUGUUAAAUACCCUGCCAUGAUGACUGUGUGACUGAAGGUUAGUAAUUCAGUACUCUCUGGAAAUGCCUUAGUCUGAGAAAACAGCCAACAUUUGGCGACGCUACCUCUGGUUUCCCUGCCAAAUGACGUCUGAGAAACGAGCGCAGAAAUUCCAUACUGAUGACAUGUCACUACCCAGAUGUGGGUAGUAUUUCUGAUUGGUUGAAUCAAAUUUCCCUGGUGGUACGGCCAAUCAAAAGCACUAGUACCCAGAUCUUGUAGUGAUGCAUCAUCAGUAUGGAAUUUUUGCGCUCAUUUCUCAGACGUCAUUUGGCAGGGAACCCACGGUUGUCGAAAAGCGUCCGCAACCGGUGCUAUCGCCGGCUACUUUGUAGUUUUCGCCGGCUGUAAAUUGUUCGAGAAAAGUGAAAAAUGGACGAUUAAAAAACAGUUGUUUAGUAGAAAAUACACAAUGUAGAAUAGAAAAAGAAAUUGUUUUCAUCAUGCCCUGAAAGUUCUUUUUCGUGAUUUUUAAGGUGUUUUCUAAUCGGCUCCCACUUAGUUCUUUCCAUAGCCGUAAUAAUUAUGAUACCGCAAAGUGAAUAAAAAUGGCAUUGAUGCAUGUGACGGGUUUUGUUUACACAGUCUUUAAAUAAUCCUUUGUUUAGAAUGAAGAAUAAAAGACACGCGAAUGCUUUUGAGUGGUUUUUCGCACUCAUCUGGCACGAGUUUGCGUUUGAAAUCGAAUGAAGUGUAAUGCAAUUUAUUAAAGUACCUAUCUUACGUGAAACUGGCUGACAAACAUGAGGCAUUCGAAAACAUUGGUUAAUUUGUCAGACGUGUAGAACAUCAUUUAAUUUUUUUUCAUGAAUUGUUGCUAAUAAAAGAGACGUGCAUGCUACGUGUGCAGACAUAAAAUUUGUUGUGACAUAUCUUCCAAGGAAAGUUGUCUGAAACUUCAUUUUUAUACAGAAAGUCGCCCGUAAGAAGAGCGUUUUUAAUUCUGCAUCAAAGUUUAGCUUUCGCACGUACCGAUAACGCCGAAUGAAUAUUCCCACUCUUGGUAUCCAGUUACACUUGCUCAAUCCACAUGUGGUCUUGGGAAACUUGUAUUCGGAGUUUGUGUGAGAAAAUGGCUAAUUAACAGUCCUCUCUGGUCAACUUUUUUAGCAAAAUUAGCAAGAAGUGAAGAAGUGGCAGGUUUGUUGAUAUUUUUGAUACAAAAGUGUUCUAAAGUAAACCAGCAGCAGUAAGUUUUUUCUUCGCGGUGAUUUUAUGUCUGUUUUUUCCUUUGCUUGACUGUAAAAGUGAUCAUGAUUUUUGGUAGCUUUCAGACAAAUAUUUCAUAAAUCUUAUUAUAGCAUUACUGAAUUGGUUUGUAUUAAUAUUAAUUGUGAAUUUUGUAGUUAUUUGAAUCCUUCUGCUUCCUUAUGAAUGUGAUAAAUUAUUUGAUUGAAGACAAGUAUACCAAUACAGAAUCUAAUUUAUAAUAGUGAAUUAAUAAUCACACAACUUUGUCACUCUUAAUAGACUAAAGAAAUGAUCUGUUAUAAAGUAAAAAAAUCUUACUGUGAAAUAAUAAACACUAUUAUUGUAAACAAAAAAAAUAUGGACCUAACAUGUACUAGGAUAUGGCAUCUAUGGAAAAUAAAAAAAACUGAUUGAUGAUUUUCAUUAAAAAACAGAUACUCAGGGUUGUUAGCUUUGCUCUCAGGAGAGCCAAUUUCAGCUAGCAUUAAAACCUCAAAUCCGUCUUGCUCCUGGGGCCUUCGCCCCUUGGAACCCCAACAGGGCGCUGCCCCUGUAGCCCACUGGGGGCCCGGGACCCAGGACCCCAGACCUCCUCACCUCCUGCCUGGGGGGCCUCUGGCCCCCAGUGCCACCUACUUAAGUACUUAAUUCUCCUGCCUCUUGAAAUCGUUUUGACAACCCUGGAAACCAGUGGUAGCGUCACCAAAUGUCGGCUGUUUUCUAAGGCUAGAUAUACAUGUAUAUUGAUCAAGGAGGAUGUUAUCCACUUAGGCUUAAGGCUGAUCAGAUCUGCUUAAUUUAGUCUUUUUAUCAUACAAAAGCUGAAUUCAAUUAUUGUUUUAUUAUUCGUUCAAAAUAUUUCUAAAUUUUUCAGCAACGUUAACCUCUCCUUAAAAAUUUCUCCAAAGCAUUUGCUCUGUUUGUCAACCUCAGGAUUUAUGUUUUUUGUUUUUUUUUCCUCACACGUACUUCUCCAAAAAAAGCUGACGUCCAUAGGGCAAUGCCAUAUUGAAAUUCUCCUGUUCAGUUUUAGUUGAAAAUUCAGCAACUUCGUGUUUGGAUAGGCGUGAACUCUUUCGACAUUAGUUUGAGUUCACUCACGCAUAAACAGCUAAGCUCAAGGCCAUCUGACACCACUGCCUGGAAACAAGGUUGCCCUUUUAUAUUGGGGUAAGAACUCAUCAAAUCAGUUUGAGGGGAUUGGUAACUUUAGCAAAUCAGCAAAAGAUAUUUAGAAUGAAAUCAGUAAAGUAGCUAUGUACAUGCUCAUAUGCCAGUUCUCCUGUUUCCCUGGGAGUACAUCUCCUGGAUAUGGCUCCUAUCUCCCUGUCUCUUGUCACCAAAUCUUAGAAAAAAUCAACUUUUGGAAUUGUCUUGGCUUUAGUUUGGAAGUUUAUAGCCCAUUUUUUCCCAAACUUGGAAAAAUUUCUUAAUUCUAGGGUAUUUUUGCACAUAUUGUGCCACUGAACUUUGCUGGUCUGUAUUAGGUCCUUGUCUGUUAACUUAAUGCAAGACCUCAUAGAAUGUUCAAAGCCACACCCAUGCUAUACUUUGGUCUCAGUCAAUUUGUGUUUAUUGGAGGCAAGUUAUCACAGAAUAAUUAAGCGAUGUGCCAUAUUUUGCAUUUUAAAGCUCUUUUUUGUUUAAUUUGUGCUUUUGUUUCAGAAAGCUUUCAAUUCAUUAACACUACAGCUGUUGUACGUGUGGUACUAGAAUUCAACAAGAUUGCAGUUAAUCAGUCAAUCAGCUGUCGCACAGAUGACCCAAAUGCUUCUACAACAUUGGUUUUCAAGUUUCAAGAACUGCCUGUUGGGGGCAGAAUUUCUUUGGAUAAACAAGUCUAUACCAUUCAUGGUGUUAAGAAGACUGAUCGUGGGUAUUACGAAUGUAAGGCAACAAGCAGUCAGGCGGGUGUUGGGCCAAUUUCCCAGUUUGUGGUUUUUAUCGUUGAUGAAGGUAAAUGGCUUUCAUGUAUGCUUGUCCCAAUUAAUUACUGGUCAGUGUAUGUGGAAGAGGGGGAAAUCAUUUUGUACUCCAAGGGGCUAUUCAUAUGAUACCAGAAUGGCUCAUUCUAUCUUCAUAUAUUUCUCUGUAUUUGUUUACAUGAUACCAAAACAACAUAUUGUUCUUGUACAAGUCAAUCUGGAAUGAGUUCAAUCUGGUUUUCUUUCCCAAUGAAAUUGUCAUUCACGUUUGAAAUUUCAUUCUUGCAUCAUGUAAACUGAAAGCAAACUUUGUUCUGGAUUUAGAAUCGCAAAUUGUGUAGUCUGUAGCGAGUGACACAUGCAUAUCUGAACUAGUGCGAAAACUACGUAAGCAAGAACACCUACGGCUGAGCCGUUCGAUUUUGUCAUGUGAAUGCAGAUUGAACUUUACUCAGGAACAAAACUCAUUCUGGAAUUAAAGUCAUUCUAGUAUCAUAUAAAAAGGCACUUACAUUACAUAGUACAUAAAAAUAAAAUUUAAAAAUUCCAAUAGUUUCUUUAUUAUUUCCAACCCCAAAAGGUUUUUCAGAGAAAUAUUGUUAUUACUCAAUGUAUUAUUACAUGCAACUCCUCACAACUCCCUUAAUAUCGGCUAUAUUGGUUUGUGCGGCGCCAAAGGGUGUGGUUUUUUAGCCGUUUUGGUCUGAGACAGGGUAUCAAUUUUGACCAUUUUGGUCUGAAAUAGGGUAUGGUUUGUGCACUCUAGUCUUGUUAGGUAGGCUCAUAUUCUGUAUUUAUGAUGGCGCAUUAUGCAACCUGCUUUAUAGUGUGGAAUUUUAAGCUCGAAACUUUGUACAGUUUUGUAUCCUACUUAAUAAAAGCAUAUAGACAGUUUUGUAUCCUACUUAAUAAAAGCAUAUAGACAUUGCCUUAACAUUGGUCUGACCUAGGGAACUGAUUAUAAGGCAGGUCUGAAAUAGGGUUGGGAAAAAUCACAGACUUUGGGUUUCAGGAAGCAUGCCGCACACCCCAACCCAAUUUUUCUGGAAGUACCCCCUGCUUUGGGGGGUCGGGGGGAGGGUGGGGAUAGUGCUAUCCAACUUUUGAACAACUUGGGCCAGGUCCUAAAGGUGUUCAUCUUAGAGGGAGUUGACUGCAGAGUGUAUAGAGUGUUUUUUUUUUCCUGCAGGUAUAUUUAAUUCUUUUUUGAAAUCCAGUCCUUGCUUUUUUAGAGAUGACACCGUGCUGUCCUGACAUCUAUCCUCCUUUAGCAACUUUGAAGCCUGGAGAGAAUACAAGUUUUGCUUGUCAUGUUAAGUUGAGAAGUGGUAACAAAGUUUCCCUAGAAAAAUACCUUGAUUUUACAUGGUACAGGAAAAAUGGAUCAAGCGAUGUGAAAAUUUCUGACAGUGAAACACGCAGAUAUAAUGAAAGUUGCUCACUUUUAAUGAUUAAGAAUGCCAAGGUUACUCCGGUUAACGGAGUGUAUUACCACUGCGAGAUAUUUUAUCGGGGAAACAAACUAAAGAAUAGCAAGACUUAUGAUGUUGGUUUGGUGGUUCAAGGUAAGUUGGUAUUAUUUUAUGUUGGUUAUCCUGUGGUUUAUCCUUCAUAUCCUGUGGUUUCCCAUGGGAAAACAGUCAAAGUGAUAAAUUGAGUGCUUAAAGUACGUGUAAGCUUUUAAAAUUAAUUUUGUCAUAUUUGUGCUUCUGGCUAUCAAUUGCUCUUUCUUCUCCCCUAAGAUCUAGGCCCAUCGUUGUCUCCUGGGAGACAAGAGGAGCAAUUCAAUGAUUAGACAAAGUAAAGACUUACAUAGGCUUAUAAUGGGACAAAGGUGACCUAACUUUAAGCAAACACGUAUAUGAGCGAUGCAAGUCAACCGGAAGUGGACAUAAGAGCAAAGGCACUUGGCAGUUUAUUACAAAUUUGGUAGUGUCAGGACAGAUUACAAGGGAAAAAAGCCCCACUUGCGGUUGACGUACGUCCCUCAAAAACCCCGGGGGGCAGACUCUGAUAUGAAAGUGGUGGGGAUGCUCGUCGUCUCGCUUAGGGGUGUAAAUUUCGGAUUUUGGUCAUCAUUUAGGGUGUUCUGGGCAAAACGCCAUCUUAUUUAGCCGUGAAGGUCUAGUUUAGGGUUGCACGCGAAAACAUAUAAAAAUAUAUAUUUGAUAUGUGUAUUUUUAAUUAGUUUUAUUUCCUCCAUUCAUAUAAUCCAAGUUUUCUCAUUUGUCUGUGUUUUAACAUGGUCUCUUUUAGGGAUCCAAAAAAGCUUGGGCCACGCCCAGAUCGGUCUCCUUGAGGGGUUUAAUUCAAAAUCCCCCCCCCCCCCGGGUCAAAAACAUGUUUGCUUAAAGCUUAAGCUUCCUUUUGUUAGACUAUUCCACACUUCUUCACCUCUGAAAAGUAUAGAACUAAGUGUAACAACUCUGAAUGUCAUGGCCAAGGCUAGACAUAGCGCGAAAAUCAAGAUGGUAAAUGGGUACCCUUUUCACCUUGAUCUCACCAUAUGAUGUGUACUAAUGAUCUGGGUUUUACUGCGCUUUUCGAAAAUACGCUAACUCUGAAAUUCAAAAGCCGCCUUCACGAUUGCGUUUUUCGCUGCCGUCGAUCAUAAUUACGAUCACAAGCAACGAACAAAACACACAAAACGGAUCGAAAUCCACUAAUCACAAAUCACAAACCAUGACCUUUUGAACCCGUUGAAGAAAAGUUCUGUUUCCUAAGAGGUCCACUGAAAUGAUUGACGGCAGCGAAAAACGCAAACGCCGUAGGCUUUUGAACUUCGGAAUUCGUGUUUCUUUGAAAAGUGCAGUAACAGAUUUCAGUUUUAACGGAUCUGUACUUGUUUUUAACAGAUUUCAGUGCAACAAGGAUUGAGUAUUGCAAAGUUGACGGUGGAUCGUCUGUGGUUCAUGAACCAAAUGGAGUGAACUUAAGAUGUAAAGCAGAUGGCUAUCCACUUGCAACAAUAAGAUGGUUUCACAAUGGAACCGAGAUCCCAGUGUGCAAAAUGGAAACUUCCAGCACUGGCUGUGUCGGAGAGCGCUAUCAAGUAGCAGAAGAUCGCAACAGAAAGCUUGCUUAUGUGGAAAGUUAUCUAAUGAUAAAAAACACAAAGUACCCUAGGGAUCAUGGGAACUACACCUGUGUGGCAAACAAUAGGGAAUUGCAAAAUGCAACAAAACAUGUGGAAAUUUCUGUUUACUGUAUGUCAUGUAGAAAUCUAGCUUUAAUAGUAAUAUUCAGGGUUCAAACGUAGUUUUUCUGGCCUACUAUUCCAACGAUUCCUUCAAAAAAAGGCAGUAAUUUAACUAACAGCUUCUUUUUUUGGUUUGAGGUCAGGGCCUUCCUGAAAAAGGCGGUUUUUAUCCAUUUUCAAGCAAAAAAAAAGAAAAAAAAAAAAACAGAAAAGGUGGUUACAUGUACGGAAGUGCAAACGUACUUUCAGUGCUAAUCAGGUAGAGGUCAAACGCACACUCAGAUUUAAUGCACGUAUACUAGGUUUAACAUAGAACCAGCCACCAACAAUCUCCUUUUGUUUCACGAGUAUAGUAAUAUUCAAAGCAUGAGAAACAUGGGAAAUUUUUCCCUCCAAAUUCUUGAAAAAUUAUAAUCUUCUUUCACAAAUUUUCACUGCUUAUUCGCAAAUGUUUUCAAGUAAAACAGAUAUGCUAUCUCGGGCGAAGAUAACUUGAGAAAGCUUGAGAAAACAGUUGACAUUUCGAGACGCCACCGCUGUUUUUCCCGCCAAAUGACGUCUGAGAAACGUGCGCAGAAUCCCAUUCUGACGACGUGUCAUUACCCAGGCCAUGGGUAGUGCUUCUGAUUGGUUGAAAAUUUGCUUCUACCAGUUAGAAACACUAUCGCGUCAUCAGUAUAGAAGUAUGGAUUUUCUGCGCUCGUUCCUCAGAUGUCAAUUAGCGGGAAAACCAGUGGUGACUUGGAGAAAUGUUGGCUGUUGUUGUUGUUGUUUUUUUUUCAGUUUAUUUAAUGUCAAAAAUAAUUUUGAUACUCAACUUGAGUAUGUGGAUUUGCGUGAUUCGGUUAAACAGGCGAGAAAUACGCGGCAAAAAAAGUCAAUUUGGUAUGAAACAACACCAACUGUGUUUCCGUUUUCGCCAGUGAAGUAAUUGAAUGCCGGCGGACAUGUAGUUCAGUAAACAAUGGUUUGCCUUACUGUUAAUUGCCGUUCUUAGCCAGCUCUUAGAGACAAAUGGUUUAAUUAUUAUUUAAGUAACGAAUUAUUUGUGCUGAUAAUUUAUUACCAGCUCCACCCACUUUGGAGAAAAUCAGAGAAAUUUGGUACUCGACUACAGUAAUAGAUUGCAAGGUUUCCCGGACCAAUCCACCGCCUACAUUCAGAUGGCAACAUCAGAGUGGACUCUGUUUAAAUGACAACCACGAGUGUAAGCCGUCAGAUUCAAAAUGGCAAGACGUCUCAGCUCGCUUUUCUGUGUCACCAGCCGUGGACGUAGCAACUGGUGUAAGCAAGCUUACCUUAACUCAAGAUUUACAAUCCGCGUUUUUCCGGUGUGUAGCUACCAAUGCGAUGGGGUCUGAUGAUUAUGUCAUGAGGUUCUUAGGUGGUAGGUUGAUUUACUUUUUACGCCUCAAUAUACUUGAUUGGCUAGCCUGAGAAUACAGCCGCCUAUCCUUGCUCUUUGCUGCAAACGUUCCUAGUGGCGAUGAGUGAAGCGAGCAGCUGUAUUAGCUGGCUGCUGCUCGACACGUCUUUCAAAUAUGUUUGUUUGUUCGUUUAAUUUUGUCAACUCUUUAUCUUUAUCUGGUUUGUUUUUGUUAUUAUUUUAAUUUUUUGUUGUUGGUACUGUUGGUAUUUUCCUCUCCUGUCUCCUGUCUUGUAGAUCGUUUUUUAUCGGUUCUUUUUUAUUGUCAGUCAUUGAACUGCUGUACGUCAAUCAUCACCUUAAUACCAGUUCAUAUACUACAUAGUGUAAGCAUAAAGUAUUUUCUCUUAUUUCGCAUUACAGGUUCUUACGAUAAACCAAUAAAUGCAAUCGCAUCUCCAGAGCAUGACGAAGGCAACACUAUGACGCUCAGAUGUGACAUGUUUUGGAAGGGCUCCAUGAUAACUUGGCACAAAGAUGGCGAACAGCUGUCACAUGCUGCCGAUAGGAGAGUGAAUAUCUCAUCAACAGUAAGAGCCGGUCUGACACAGACUCACUUAGUGGUGGAGAGAGUUGCGACAAAUGAUUCUGGAGAGUACACUUGUGGAGCAGAAGAUGACAGUGGACACCACUUUACUGUUUCCAUAAACAUUACAAUAAAAAGUGAGUUAUAACUCGUGUAUGCAGGCGUUAAAGGGGCUGUGUCACGAAAUUCAGCCAAAUUAGGAAAUUACAAAUAAUAUUGUCUGUUAAAUUAAGAGAAACAUAAAAAUAAACUUUAAAGGAAGGUUAAAAUAACAUAACAGAAACAACAGAUGCCACGGAUGGGCAAAACUGAAGAAGAUUGAAACGGAUUGAAAUUAGGAUUUUUGAAAACUGUUCAGCCUAACAGUUUUUCAAAGUUGAUCCUUGCUGCUUGCAAUGCAACUUCAAAAAUAAUGCUCAGGAGACAUAUUUGUUUGUCAUAGUUGUUUGUCAUUUACGCGAUUUUUACGUGUAAUUUCUUUGCUUACUUUAAGUUCCAUAGCGAUUGAGGGCGAGUAAUUCGCAAAACUAAACAAAAUGGACACAGCCCCUUUAAUCAGUAGCUCUUCUCAGUCAUGAAAACCAAGCUAAUUAGUUGGCUAGAGCGUAGCGUACAUGAUACGCACAUACGCCCGUGCGUACACCUUAAAUCCGGAAAAAUAUAUUUUUUUAUUUCCUGAAAGCAUUUUUAUAAUUAAAUCGGGAUGAUUGGUAAAUCUUUCGCAUUAUAUUGGUGUCUUUGCUCGUCAGAAGGGAAGACGUCGAAGUUCUAUUCAACCUGAUUGGCAAAUCGACAAUGUCUUUUUUAACAAGCCAAUCAUUGUGCGUACUCAAAUCCUGGUACACAGGUGAUGGGGGCUAGAACAAGGAUUUUGGCGCUCUAUUUCGCAGACGGACUUAACCCAGGGGCACCCAACGAGGAUAUAGUUCAAAACCACUUAACACAGCAUUGUUGAACCAUAGUUCCACUCAAUUAACUAUGGUUGAACGUAUUUUAGUAUUCAAACGGUAGAUAUAGCCAUAUUUUUAUCCCCUAAAAACUGUUCAUCUGUUCGGAUUUCCUAGCUGAAAAUCUAGUGAUCCGAAAAUUAUAGGGAUAAAAACUUACCUUCUCGAAAAUUUCAGCCAGGAAAAGGCUCCCGAAAAUUCUAGGUGGCUUUUUUUAGGGUCAAAAUCCGCUAAAAAUGAGUAAUUAUACCAUUUUGUAGAUGUUCGAAAAUCCUAGGAGAUGCAGGCAAGCAAGAAAUUUUACAACAAAUGCUCCGAAAAUCCUAGAUCUCAAAUCGUCUUCCUAACAGAUAUUUUCCCGAAAAUUGCCGUUGGGUGCCCCUGUUAACCAAAGUUUAAUUUCGUCUGUGGCACAGGCUACCCCAAAUGGAGAGCUUACUUGUGGGCUCAUUAAUUUUCUUCUUUCCUCACUAUUUCAAAUGUUGGCUUACUCUGUUGGAGUUGAAUUCCAGAGAGCCUCCAAGUUUUGAAGAGGAAGGAAAUUUUCUUGUCGUUUGAUUUCACAUAGUAAACCUACUUUUUUUACUCUUUUUUGUAUUCUGACAUUCUCCUUGCCGUCGCUGUCGUGACUUUUUAAAACUCCUUGAUAUUAAAUCUCGCUCACAUUGUGUCUCUGACUAGUUAAUUUUCCUUUUCUUGACAGAGGUUUUUCCGCCAACGAUUCUCAGUUUUUCGAACCAAACAGUGUACAAGAACACAACCGUGAAAUUGAGAUGCAACAUUUCUGCUUAUCCGGCUCCAACGGUGCAGUGGUUCAAAGACGGGACGCGUCCUGAAGUGACACCAGUCACUAUGGGAGAGUCGGACUCUUGCGAAAGCAGAAAGCUUCGUCCAGGUUUCUAUCAGGUGGAUAAUGAUGUUGGCCAGCUGUUGAUAUGUUCACCUUCACAUGCUGAUAAAACUGGUUUUUACAUGUGUAAAGCUACUAACAGGGAAGGGACAAGUAAUGCCACGGCUUUCUUGGAUGUUUUGGGUAAGGGCUAAUUUGAGGAUAGCCUGAAUUUCAUCCGAUUGCUUCGAGUCGUUUUCUCCUUUCAGCAACGUCGUUGCUGAGGGAGUAAUAGCGACUCGAAGUAGUCGGAUGAAAUUCAGGCUUAUUUGAGGACGGUUAAAUGAAUUUUUGCACUUAAAAUAAUCCACACUUGUCGUUUACUCCUCGCUUUGUAAAUGCUGCUUAUUGACCAAUUUAAAAUCAACUUGAAGCUCGGCAUUGAAGAAUAGAUUCUUCUGUUUUAUUUCCCCAAGCCUCGAAGCCAAUUAUGAAUUUAAAUAUCGUCGAACCUCCAUGUGCUAUCACCACUCGUAAGUGACCAGCUCCCAUAAACGACCGCCAAUCCAAAACACUAAAAUUUUCCCCGUCAAAGCCUUACAGUUGGAACCUCUAGUAAACGACCACCUUCUGUAAGCGACCGCGACCACUUUUUGACCCUGACGGUUAAUGAUUUUCCAUUGUUUUUAACCUCUUGUAAGCGACCACUUGGUGUAUCUCUAUUUUCGCUGUGUGCACUAUAAUACUUAGAAUAUACAAAGAACUUUAGAGACAACAUGGAACUACAUGUACACAUAUACUACCUUUGACACUGCAUGCGAUAAAUUAUCUUCGAUAAAGUACAUGUUCCUCGACCUCUUCUCGUAAGAGACUCCCUGUGGUUCGCUUCUUGUAAACGACCGCCUCCCGUAAGCGACAACUCUAUCUUUGCAUUUUGGGUGGUCGCUUACGGGAGGUUCGACUGUACAUAAGAAAUAGUCUGUUGUUACAAAUAUUUCUUUAUUUAUGCAUUUUUCAUUCAUUUAUUUAUUAUUCAGUUAGUUUGUUAGUUAUUUGCCGAUUAAAACGUAGUAUACGAAAAAACUAGCAAUCUACUGAGAAGAUUAAAGGAAACAUAGAGGAUAUUACAUGGCCGCCCGGAGAUACGAAAUUUCUCUUCGAGUGUUGAAAAAUAUUUCACGAGUGAGCGCAGCGAACGAGAGAAAUAUUCUUUUCAACACUAAUGUUGUUAUAUAUAAUCAUUGGAGAUUAUUGAAUUGCCAUAUAGAUUUUGUAAUAACGAAGAUGAUGUUAACUGCAGAAGAUCGUCGCAGUUGCAAUUGCAAUUUAAGCAAUUGCAAAUUAACCCGAAAAAACAUUUCGGGACUUCAACGGGAUUCGAACCCAUGGCCUCUGCAUACAUUGGGAGCUGGUUAAUUUGAUGAGUUCAUCUUAACCCGUGAAUGUAAUGAAGCAAUGAAGAUAAUGUGAACUGCGGAAAUACAAAUAUUUUAAAUGAGGAUAAUUAUGAUCGUCGCAGUGGUAAUUGCAAUUUUAGCAAUUGCAAAUUAACCCGAGAAAACCCGAGAAGUCCCGAUUUUUUUUCAACAAAUUAGCCUGCUUUCAAUGCAUGGGUCUUCAUAGCUUAAUUGGUUAGAGCACUGCAGCGCUAACGCAGAGGUCAUGGCAGGGCGGAUAAAGGUAGGGCGGUGAAACGAGCGCGUCCGAGCAAAAAGGUGUGAUGCAGUGGACUGGGACUAUGUUUAGAAAUGUUGCUUGUCUUCGACUUCGGUCGGGGCUUGCGAUGUGGUUUGUACAUAAGACACUGCCGCUGUCACUGAAUUAUGGCGCCUUGAUUUGUUUUCUUGCACUUCUUCCUCGUUCCUUUGUGCUGGUACGCUGUCUCCGAGAGGCAAAUGUUGCUAUUUUUUGCGGGAGGUUUAGUUGGAGUAGACAAACAUCUCUUUCAAAGGGUUUCUUUUAUUACUUCCAUGACUCUACCACUGAAUUAUAUUUCCCCUCAGUUUUUACUGUUUACCUUGUUUUGUUUUAGAGAGAAAAACGGAGAAAAAACCUUACAACUAACCUCAAUAAAUUUUGUUUACGUUCGGUUGCCGGAUUUGCAACGCAUUGCGCGAAUCGCCAUGUCGCGUUGCAAACGAGAAGCAAAGUUUGAAGAAGUGCAACGCCACUAUAUCAAUAUAUAUCAAUCUAAUUUUUUGUUAUGUUAUGUAAAAUUUAUCCCCCUUUAACAUAUUUAAAAAUUGAGGUUAAGAAGUGUUAAGCUUUUACAAACGAAACGGUGAAAGACGAUUAGGUGAUAUUUAGUGGAAGGAGGAGGUAUUCAACACUUUCAAAUUAAACUCAAAUUUUGGCAUUAUACGACCAACAAGUUUGACCUAUAGACGUACAGUCGCAAACAUAUGAAACUGUUUAUUGAUAUUGUUAUGAAACGAAUUUAUCUAUUUAACAUUGUAGCCUGAAAUUACAGAAAGAAAAUAGGAUUUCCGGUUUGCAAAAAGGAAAAUUUCGCCGGCCUUCAAGCGCACCGGAAGCGCGGAAAGAGCGCUCGUGCCAGUCCUACUCCGCAUCACACAUUAAAUGAAGAGCGGAGCGCUCGUUUCACCGCCCAACCUUUAUCCGCCCUGGGUCAUGGGUUCGAAUCCCGUUGAAGUCCCGGAUUUUUUCUCGGAUUAAUUUGCAAUUGGUUGAAUUGCAAUUACCACUGCGACGAUCAUAUCUUCAUUUAAAAAAAAUUUGUAAUGUCGUAUGAAUUUUAUUUGAAUCAGCCCUGAUAAAAUCUAUGCGUCAAGUAAUUGUUCUCACUUCGAAAUUUGAGUCCUACUUAGCAGCUGUGCAUAUGAGUUACCCCCGGCGAGAUUACUAAUUUCCCCUUUCAAGCUGCAAUGAUGUGAUUUGAAAGUCGACAAUUUUUUACAUAAUUAUUGUGUCCGCAUCAGAUGCUUGCGUUUCUGGGUCCAUGCACUCUACAAUUAGUCCUGCUUUUGAAAAAGUUCCUCAUUGAGUAGUUAAAAAUUGGAAAAACUGUUCUCUUAUGGCGAAGCUCAUGUUGAAUUUAAUAAAUGGCUGUUGUGGCUCUUGCUGAACUUAAUGCAGCGAGGGUCAUUUGUUCCUCAAUAUAUCUAUAUUUUUUUCACAGAGGACCCAAACGUUUUUAUAAUCCCAAGCAAGGACAUCUUCCAGGUGAAGCUGGGCGCACUGUGGAAUGUAACAUGCAAAGCCACAGGAAACCCAAUGCCAUUUGUGCAGUGGAGAAAAGAAAAAACACAAGAGGUUGUCACUCCAAAACGCCGUGCCCCUGAAGUUGUGAUGCUGACCAUAUCACCCGUUACUGAAGCCGACUUGGGAAACUACACUUGUGUGGCAGAAAAUUCCCAGGACAUUACGACUGCGCAUGUCAAGCUAGGUGAGCCAGUUAUUUUAAGACCCCGAGUAUUGGCCCGGCUCGGGAAUCUAACCCACGAACUCCCGCUCUGCAGUCAAGAGCUUUACCGACUGACCUGACCCUUGCUGUAGUUUCCUACACAGCCGUUUUUAGUACAUUACGUACUUCAGGAGCUUUGCGCGAUGGUACUGAAAACGGCUGCAAUUACGACUAUUGAAGCCUGUAGCUGAAAUUAAAGAUUUGCCGUCUAUUUUAAUAUCAGAAAUAACUGCGGGGUUAAAAGCUUUUGACUGAAAAGUUUCUCUGUGUCUUUAUAUUAGAAACAGUACAUGAGUGAUACCCAUUAAUUCAUUACAGUUAGUUUUAUUGUUGUUAGUUUGAUGGCCUUUACUUUCACUACUCUUGUAACUCAGAAGUAAUUCACCUGGACCAUAUAACCAGAAGGUAAAAAAAAAAUCCCUCUUCCUGUGGAGUGGCAAGUGAAAUUAUAUCUAUGUUAGUUCUCCAGCUGACUAUUUAACAAAAGAAAAUGUGGCACAAUGAUCGUAAAGAGAUGGUGAAUUAUAAGGCUGGUGAAUACAUGAUAAAGAUGUUUUUUUAGUCCGCCGCCACAGGCGGCUCGGAACUGGAAAAGUUCGAGUACUCCCUACAGUUCUUAGGUUUGAAUCCUGUUGGGAGACUUGGGAGUAUUCGCCUGUGUUAUAAUUGCGGAACGAAAUAGAACAUCUUUCUUAAAAGAUUGGCCUUUUUACCACUUUUGAUUGUGGGCCAUCUUCGCAAUCCGUGUACUACGCAUUGCUAAUACAUUUGGGAUCAUUAUGCUUUUCUGGGAAACUUCCCACCUACCCCUCUCCUAAGCCAAUAUUUUGCCCGAAGUGAGAAGUAGUGUUAAUGUAGGCUUAGGGGAGGGGUAGGUGGGCACCCAGAAACGUAUAGCUAUAAUGAUCCAUGUAAUGUCACCGGAAAUUUUUCCCAUGUUUACUGAAGCAGUAGGUGAUAUUAUCUUUAUAGGUUUAACAGUACGCAGCAACUUUCCAGAUGUAUCUGCUACGGGAGGUCUUCGUGACAAAUCCACUGUUGCCCUUUCUGUAGUUGGAGCAAUCCUGUUCCUCUGUAUCGUCGUGGCCUUCACCUUCUGUUGCUAUAUUCGUCGUCAACAGAAGCAGAUUGCGGAGCAUCGUAGCCAGUUUUUCAAAGUACACUCAGAGGAAUACCAGGUAAAUAUCCGUGCAAAAGUAAACAACUACAGUGAAACCUCAAUUAACCGGACACCUUUGCGACCUUCCCAAGUGUCCCCUUAACAGAGGGUGUCCGCUUAAUAGAGGUUUGUAAAAAUUGCGCAAUGUUUCUUAGCGAUUACAUUCAACGCUUACUCUGUACUGUGAUAAAGUUCCAUGUGGGUAAGGAAGCUAAGGAAGUUGUGCUGUACUUUGUGCGAGACUUUUAGGUGAACUUUUGACAGCUAAAUUAAUGUAUUGAUUUAUCUUUAUUAAUCGACUACAGUAUGUAUUUCAAGGACAUAAUCCAAGACUACUAUUGUCAAUUCAGUCCGGUGUCCGCUUAAUAGAGGUUUUUAACGGUAGAAAUUAGCCAAAUACAAUUUAUUUUAGGGUCGGCGUCCGCUUAUUAGAGGCGUCCGCUGAAUAGGGGUUCGUUAUAAAGGCCGGCAUCGGGCUUAGUGUCUGUUUAAUUGGGGGCCCGCUUACUAGAGGUUUCACUGUACAUUCAAACCUGUAUUAAGCGGUCACCUCUGAGGAAUAGCGUACUGACAAGUUUGAGAAACCUAAAAGUUAUCCAAUGAAGGUGGUGAAAGAACGACAAAUUGACCUCAAACGGUUUACCAGUUUCUGUUUACCAAUUUCUACCACUUCUUGUGCCAAAAGAAGGAAGUAAAAGACCACUAAACGCCAUACACAGUGUAUCUGUUGCACUAAUACGGUACGUGUUGUCCAAGUGGCCGUUUAAUAGAGGUGAAGACAAUAACAAAACAACUUGUUGGGACGUCGUAAAAUAUAAUGAACAUAAUGUUAAAACAUUUAUUGUCUUGUUUUAGUUUGACCCUGAUCGCACACUGCUUGAACAAUGUAAUGAUCUUCCUUAUGACCCUGAUUUCGAGUUUCCUGAGGACAAGCUCAUUCUUGCGGAGGUGCUUGGAUCAGGGGCCUUUGGAAAGGUCAUUAAAGCAGAGGCUAUAGGAAUGGACGACUUUAGUCCCAGAGACAAAAGUUCAGUAAAAGGUGGACCGCGACUCAGUCUGCUCCGGCGAUACAUAAACUGCAGCAAAACGUACCACGAUUCGAGAGUUAGCGCUUCUAAGAAGACCACUGUUGCUGUUAAGACCCUUAAAGGUAGCGAAAUAAAGUUUUUUGGAACUUAAUGCCGUUAAGAAAGAUCGAGUGCAACGUCUUUUAAAUUGAAUUUCCUGCUGGGGGUGGUGGAGGGGAGAAAUGACCUUGGCUAGUAGUAACCUAAACAUCGACUUGGAGACGAGAAUGAGGCGGGAGAGGGCCGGGGAUUCUGAGUACAUUACUGAGGGAAUUUAUGAUCAGCUAAAGAUUAACGAGGCUGGGGGUGGAAAGUUGCCUUUUUUGGAGGGGGCGGGGGGGUGGUAUCAGACUUCACAUCGACAGGUGUCACCCUUUUUCAAUUGACAAAGCUUUCACAGGGUCAAAUCAGUACCCCUCUCUCAGUUUACAGACUUUUUACAAGGUUGUUUACAUUUGUGCACUUUAGAGGGAGCUACUAUAGAGGAGUAUAGAGACCUGGCUUCAGAGCUGAAAAUUCUUAUGCACGUUGGAGUACAUACAAAUAUUGUAAACCUUCUCGGUGCUUGUAUCAAGCGCGAUGGUAUCCUUGUUAUUCUGGAAUAUGCACCACAUGGGAGUUUACUAAAGUUUUUACGAGGCAAGCGAGAUGUUUAUGAAGCAACCUGGUCUACGACUACCAGUGACCCAGAAAUACGGUUAGAUAUAUCAAAUCUAGUGGGGUAUGCCUUCCAAAUAUCCCGUGGAAUGGAAUACCUGGCGUCUAAAAAGGUAAAAGACUAACCACUUUUCUCAAACAAAAUCAGACGCCCACAUUUAUUUAAAUGUUAUUUGCGGGCACUUGUUCUCUGGCCGUUUUCGUGAUCUUAUUCGUUAAUUUGACUGACAGUCUGGGCUUGUUGUUUUGCGCCGAGUUAAAUGUAAUUAUUCUCGCGAAGCGCAAGUACCGCGCGUGGUCUAACGACCUGCAAUACACAGCUAUUUCGAGAAAGGUUGUCGGAAAAAGUGCACGGGACAAUCCCGAAAGGUCUUGUGGGUGGUUUUGAGUUCACUGUUCUUCAAAGAAUUUUGAAAGAAUGGCACAAAAAGCCAUAAACGUAUGUUGCACAUGAUAAAGGAAAGCAACAAGAGAAGAUUCGCCAGAGAUACUGGAUCAUUAUAUGUUUCAGGGAAACUGCCAACCUACCCCUCCCCUGAACCAACAUUAACACUUUGUUCUCACUUAGGGUAAAAUGUUGGCUUAGGGAAGGGGUAGGUGGGCAGAUUCCCAGAAACGUAUAAUUACUCUCAUAAAUUUCGGAUCAUGACGCCCCAUUUAAGGGGAAAACAAAAACUAAAAAUUAAAGGGCAACACACAAACCAUAAUUAAACCAUUCUCCUAGUAACACUGUAAGAAAUAGUCCAGUUUUUAACAGAUGAUUUGUUUCUUGGUUAGCUGGGCAAUUACUCACUCGAGUCUUAACUGACACAAAUUAGGUAAUCUAUUUAACGAUCACAUGUACACCACCUGGGACGCAAUGCCAAUUAGGCCAAAAAAAGAUAUCCUAUUUAUUUUAAGGAUGGAGGCCUUUAAAAAGCAUACCUUAUCUGGCGGCAUGUACCUAUCUAGCCUAUAUAUGGGAGAACUCCUCCCCCGGUUUUUAGGUUUGUGGUGACAAAUCAGUGUUUGAGAGGACCGUAAAUGACCUAAUUGACGCCCCCUUCCACAGUCCAGGCAUGCGGAGAAGGAAAAUGUUUGGGGAUUGAUUUUGUUGUUGCUUCCUUUCUUAUUUGUUUGUUUAUUUAUUUACGUUUUUUCUUUUUUUGCCUGCCUGUUCGACUAGUGUAUUCACCGAGAUUUGGCGGCCAGAAACGUCCUCGUGGGAAAAGACUACGUUAUGAAGAUCGCUGACUUUGGUCUCGCGCGCGAUAUUUACAAGAGUGACUUGUAUGUGAAGACGACAAGUGGUGUAUUGCCAAUCAAGUGGAUGGCUCUGGAAUCGUUGUUUCAGAAGGAGUACUCAGAGAAGAGUGACGUGUAAGUACAAGUAACAUGCGAAAAGUGUUGAAGGGGUAUGUGUUUAUAUUGAAACUGUGAAAGGUUUGAACCCAGGAGUCAUUUCAAAAGUAGGUUGAGUUUGAUCGUCCGGGUGAACGUAGUCCUGAAUAGGACUGUUGUUGUUGACAGUGACUGACGUUUCGACAACCUGUGCGGUAGUCAUCUUCAGAGUCAAAGUGAGUUGUAUCACGUCAGUUGAUGGUAUUAUACUCUGGUUAUUGAUCUGAUUGGUCAAUUACGUCGCGAUGUUAUUGGUCGUCUGUCAGUUAAGACGUGAUGUUAUUGGCUAUGAAGACUCGUAAUCAGUAAUUGGUGCGUUUCGAUCCGUCUAUUGUCACAGUUAAACAGUCGUCUAUUGUUAGUCAAAUUGUCAUUCUCUCGUAGUUAGUUUUGCUUGAUCUCGUCAAUAAGUAGUUUGUACGGCGCUGGUAACUGUAGCUAACAGUUACCAGCGCCGUCCACAAGCAACAAAUUUCCCGGAUUCCGGAAUCCACAAGCAACAAAUUUUCCGGAUUCUGGAAUCCACAAGCAACAAAUUUUCCGGAUUCUGGAUUCCACAAGCAACAAGUUUCCUGGAUUCUGGAAUCCACAAGCAACAAAUUUGCCGGAUUCCGGAUUCCUUACAUGUGGCGAGUUUUUUAAGUUCUCAAAUUUGGACUCGACUUGUGCCUAUGAAUCACGAAAUGCACUCGCGUUCAUGCGCUUUUUAUAGUACGCGAGAAAGAAAAAAACUGUUGAUCCUUGAUUUACUUGCAUGCCAGUUUGAUGCCUGCUUUCAGUCCGCUGUACUGGAGUUAAGAAGCGUCGUAAUCAUCUGUUUCUACAAGUACACAGUUUAACUUUUUCCAAAUGCAAUCUUAUUCCCUUUCUUCUGCUUAGAGAGUUUAUGUUUUAAACUUUGGCUUUGAACUUUGCAGAUGGUCUUUUGGUAUUUUAUUGUGGGAGAUCUUUACACUUGGCGGGACACCGUAUCCCACUGUACCUAUGGAAUGUCUCCUCGACUUUCUCAGUGAUGGAAAGCGUAUGGAAAACCCUCAAAACUGCCCCUCGGAGAUUUAUAACAUUAUGCAGAAUUGCUGGCUGGAGAAUCGGGAUAACCGACCAGAAUUUGCUCAAAUCAGCACUUUGAUUGGCAAAAUACUCGAGCAACGUGCUUCCCAGGUGAGUCCUUUCAGUCCAGCAAAAUGGUGAAAUAAUUGUGGGGUUUAUGAUUAAAGCACCAAAUUUGGCAUAAUGAUAGUUUAUGACACAGUAGACAAUAUUGGUUAUGGACCCCAUCUAGAUCUAUCCCAUGAUUCCAAAUACAGCAUACUGGAGAUUCUUUGAGUUAAAACAUGAAGAUUUGAGGGAAAUAAAACAGUCGAACCUCUCGGUACGGACACCUCUCUAAUACGGACUCCUGACCGUUACGGACAGUUUCCAAUGUCCUGACAAAAUUCUCAUACAUUUUAUUUUAAAAAAAAACCUCUAUAAUACGGACUCUCUCUAAUACGGCAACGGACACUAAAUCUCGGCCCAGAGAGUAAAUUCAUAUAACUGAACUUAACCUUUAUAUUACCGACGCUGCGGUGAUCAGUCAAUUUCUCAAUUCUUGGUUGACUGUAGUUUGUAUUUCAUAUUAUCAUUAUCAUAUUAUCAAAUUAUCCACUCCCCUCAGGGCAUUUCAGGGAUAAUUUACAACACUGGUUGGGGGACUUUGCCAGACUGCUUAAGGUGCAGUUUACAAGUACUGAAGGAAUGAGUAAUGAUGCCCCCAUACAUGAGUGUGAAAGUGACAUAGACCACUACACCGGGCACUACGUGCCCUACUCUUUACGAAGAGUGUGUGGGUUCUUUAACGUCCCACAGAUUUAUUACAUGUGCAAGGGCUUGUGAGACAGGGCCUACGGUUUAUCGUCCUUAUCCGAGAAGACUAGAAAGUCAAACCGUUUUACAAAGGCAGCACUUUCUUCACAGUUCAGUUUAAAGACCCUGAGUGUUGGUCCGGCCGGGGUUUGAACCAACGGCCUCUCACUCAGCAGACCGGCGCUUACCCCAUUGAGCUAGCCGGGCGGCGGUUUUUUUAUACCUCUAAGAAACUUCUAUACCCUCUGUAACAAUAAUGUUAGGAGUAAGUAAUGCGAUAAGUGGUUGCACGAACAGUUUGUGUAGGCUACCGCAUACGAAAAUGCCCGGUUGUUCUUUUAAUGGUUGUGAUCUGUCGUCAUUUACCAGUGUUUAAAUGCAGCGUAUCAAUUGGACACCUACGGAGCUAUCGGUAAUUUCCUCAACUUACAAAGUUUUUUUAAGAGAAAAUAUGGGAAGGAACGUUUGGGAUUUGCUGUGUAAUUCUUGUCUGCUUUAUACCGCACUGAGGUAUGGGUGUUAUGGAAACUGGGCGUCUUUUUCUCUCAACAGAGAGUUGUAUCCGGGUACAUUAAGUUAGCAGAAGAUAACAACUAUGGCAGACACGAUCACUACCUCGAUCCGCUUGAUUCAGACUCAACAAUUCCUCUGACGAGAGCAGAUGUUUAUGACAGGUUAGUAAGUGAGACCUUUAGAUUCGAGUACGAGAUUUGGCUUUAAGUUUUUUCACAUAAUCUUAAAAAAAGGACACCCAGGAAAGGUUCAUAGUACAUUUUUUCACCAGGAAAGUUAGAACUGUCAUCUUUAUUCAAAGAGGUUAAGCCCCCUACUGGUCGCAAAAUCACAAAAGCUCAAACAUUUAAUAGGUCGUUUCCGCCACCACGACAUUCUUGCAAAAACUCGCGGUAGAAUGACGACGACUAUCACGUUUUCCCGCCAAAAUGACGCUGGUUCACGCGCGAGUACUGCUUAGUAUUGAGAACAUCUCGCGCUCUUUGUUGUACUCGUCUUAAAAUCUAAUAGUCUCUCUUCUUUCCAAUGAGUAUCCGGCUGUUAAUUAUACUCCAGUGAGCCAAUUGCAAAUGCGGGUAACAAGACGGUAGGGGCGGGAAAAGGGGGCGCUUAUGAAGCUUCUCCCUGAAGGAACCAAAGAAGUCUAAGUAUGAGGUUUCUUCAAUUGCAAAGUGGUGAUAGAGCAAAACAACAAAAAGAACUGUGUUAUUAACUAUGUUUUAACUGUAGGCAGUCAAGCCAAAAUAUCGCACUUAGUCCGUCGCCUCCAAUACCACCUGAAAUGGAAAAUGAGCCCGAACCGGAAUCAGACGAGAGACAGCAGAUGCUGGAACCAGAAGAUAACGAUACUUUGUCGGGGAAUGAGAGCGGUAUAGAACUGGAAGAAACUGGAGUUGAGCAGGAUGAGGCCGUGGAACUGAGACCUACAGGAAAGGCCAGAAACUCCCGUUAUAGAAAUACACUAGUCUAAACCGAAUGUUAAUCUUUUUAUUCCUAGGGUUUUACAGUCUUUUUAAUUUUUACAUGUAAGUCUGUCGACAUAUUUUUAGUGUGACCAUUCAAUAUUAUUGAAGCCUCUUUUAGCAGUGAUUUUCCACAAAGCGUUUCAUCACAGGCCUACCAUACUCUUUGUGUCCUGCUCUGUACAUUAAGGCCCCGUUCGGCUACCCUGAGUACAAAUGACUUGCUCGCCUGCGGCGGGAUGGUUCGGUGUCGGGCGCAAGCCGAUAGAUCUUCGGGCCGACACGGGAAACCGCGCGUGAAAAAGUCUCUGGUAGUUAUUUUAUAAAUUAGAAUAUGCCCCAUGAGGAAGUAUCAUAGAAAACUCCUUAGGAUGGGAGUAAAAAAUUGCAACGAUCAAGUGUAUUGCAUAUAGUAUUACUUGUUUAGCGUGUGACGCCAUACGUCACGAUAAUAAAACUAGUCGUGCGAGUGUUCUAUUUAUUAGAUUCAUAUCUCGCCGGAUUUUUGAAAACGUUACCGCCAAAUAGCCCUUUUGCGUCCAACAGUUUUUAUCAACCAAAAACUAAAUUUCCAGAGAAGCCAUUAUAAACACUAACAAUGCAACCAUUGCUUUUUUUCUCUUCCCCUCCUUUCUUCCUCCUCGCUCUUUCUUUUUUUCCUUUCCUUUUCUUUUGUUAGUGUGAUUUUGAAGCUCAUCGGGCCCAAAAAGCCUUCCUUUCAACGGCUUUUUACUCAAAUGACUGCAAAUUUCGUUAGGUUGGUUUUCAAAAAGUCGGCUAGAUAUAUACGUAAAGUAAUCAGAAACAAAUGAAUGUUUUAUCCACUAAACACCCGCGUUAGAAGAAAUUGCGGGUUCAGUUUUCCAGGCUGAAUUUUUUCAAAGCACCAUAGGUAUAAGAGUUAUUCUCCGUUCUACUUAUGAGCCAUGAGCGCUUUUACUGUAGCAAACUGUAAAAAAGGUU